UGUUCUCUGCUUCUGUGCUGGAGGUCUCUCUCUGUUUAGUAAAACAAAUAGAUUUUUGAUUGACUAUCUGCGACUGCUCUUCUCGUUUCUUCACUUGGAACCUUCUAUUACAUUGCCCCUCCCUCCUUUCAGGUGAGCCUGGAUCUCAGUGAGAGAGGAAGGAAAUCCUGUCUGUAUCCCCAGGCUGAGCACUCACACGCAGAGGGACGAUGAGGCUAGGCUGGGUUCGAGGGCUGGCUUCUUUGCUGGCCAUGGCCGCUGGAAUAAUCUACAUCACAUCCAUUAAGCGGGAGGUUCAUUCUCAUGGGGAAAGACUGCAGAGGGCCCAUCAGGAUGACUCGGUCAGGGGUCAGGAUAUGCUCAAGAGGCUGGAGAAGAUGGAGGAUCACAUCGAGAAGCUGGUAAAGUCAGUCAACAACGGGAUCAUUCUGAAAGAGGGGCAGGCUGUGAAGGCUACCGAGGUCAAGAAGGAGAGGAAGGUGGUGAAGAAGUUGUACCCCAACUCAGCUCUGUUUACAAGCUGGGGUGAUGAGCUCUCAGAGGAGGAGCAGAAAGAGGCAGAGGAGCUGUUUCAGAUGUAUGGAUACAACGCCUUCCUGAGUGACAGACUACCCCUGAACAGGGAACUCCCUGAUACUCGCAAUCCUAUGUGUGCUAAUCACCAGUAUCCCCAUGACCUGCCCACCAUCAGCGUGGUGUUGAUCUACUUGGACGAGGCCCUGUCAAUCAUCAAGAGAGCUGUCCGCAGCAUCAUAAACAAGACCCCCCAACGCCUGCUCAAAGACAUCAUACUGGUGGAUGACCACAGCUCCAAUGAGGACCUAAAGGAGAAGUUGGAUGCCUACAUCAGCUUCAUCGAUGAAGAGCGUCCGGGCCUGUUGAAGAGAGUGAGACACCUGGAGCAGCUCGGUCUCACACAGGCCCGCCUCUCAGGGUGGAGGGAAGCUGAAGGAGACGUGGUGGCCAUCUUGGAUGCCCACAUAGAAGUCCACGUGGGAUGGGCGGAGCCUCUGUUAGCUCGGAUAAAGGAGGACCGCACGUUGGUGUUGUCACCGGUGUUUGACAAAGUCCAUUUCGAUGACUUGACAGUCACACGUUAUUGGCCGAGUGCACACGCCUUUGACUGGGCCCUAUGGUGUAUGUACGAGUCCUUCCGACCUGAGUGGUAUGCCUUAAAAGACGAGACACAGCCAGGAAAGAGCCCCUCUGUUAUGGGCAUACUAGUGGUUGAUCGCCUGUUCUUUGGGGAAAUUGGUGCUCUGGAUGGUGGUAUGAAGAUCUAUGGAGGUGAAAAUGUUGAACUGGGCAUCCGGGUGUGGCUGUGUGGUGGAAGUGUCGAGGUCAUACCUUGUUCUAAAAUAGCCCACAUUGAGAGGGCCCAUAAACCCUAUCUUCCAGACCUGAGCUUUAUAAUGAAGAGGAAUGCUCUGAGAGUGGCUGAGGUCUGGAUGGAUGAAUACAAACAUAAUGUCAACAUCGCCUGGAACCUCCCACUGAAGGAUCAUGGCAUAGACAUUGGGGAUGUUUCAGAGAGGAAGAAGUUGAGAAAGAGUCUGAACUGCAAACCCUUCCAGUGGUAUCUGGACAAUGUGUAUCCAAUGUUAGACCCCCUGGGUGACUUGCUUGGUUAUGGAGCUCUGGUCAAUGACCUGAAGAUGGAUCUCUGUAUAGAUCAAGGCCCAGUUCCGGGGAACACACCUAUUUUACAUGAAUGCCAUUAUUUUGAUCCACAGAACUGUUAUUAUCGAGCCAGCGGGGAGAUCUACAUUGGAGGCAUCAAGUCUCACAAGUACAACAGUAAUCGCUGUCUGAUGGACAUUGGCACUCGAACCCCAGGACUGUAUGAAUGCAAGGAGGCCAAGCAGAAGGGAUUCCACAUGCUCUGGGAUUUUCAACAGGGAAAAGCCAUCCAGAACAGACAGACAAAGAGAUGUCUGGAGAUUGCUCCAGGGGAGGACACUUCCUACCAGCUCAUCAUUCAGGAGUGCAGUGGGCAGCACUGGUUAAUACGGAAUGUGAUAAAAGACUUCUGAUACACUGAGAUAGUUAGGCCUACUGAACAAGAGACAAUACAGUGGGACUAUAUGAGUUAUGCUGCAAUCAUAAGCACGUGGGAAGGUGGUAUUUACAUACAAUUGGUAAAAAUACACUUGAACACCCCUCCAACUGGUAAUUACCAGUGGGAAACUCUGGGAAAUUACCAGUGGGAAACCUCUGACGUCACCUACUAAGGAAAUUACCUUUUUAACAGUAUUUUCAAUAGUAAAAUGCAACAACAAAAUAUUAUUUACACAAAGUUUUUUAACACUAUCAUUUUUGUACAAACAUGAUAGCUGUACUUAUAGUUUAUGGUUGACGCAGCUUGUUGGUCAUUAGCCAAUCUGAGAUUCUCAACGAGUUGAAAGCACGUGAAUACAUCCAACUGAUAUUUACGACUUCACAACUGGUAAUUACCACCUUCCCACUUCUUUAAGAACACAGUAUUGUCAUUACGCUUUGAAAAGCCAAUCAGUGGUCAGCAGUGAGAUGACUGUGUGAUCUUAGUGAGCUGCUGGUUGGACAAUGGUUUCUUCACAGAAUGUGGAAUGCUAUUGAGCUGUGUUGUCCUUGGUCCUGAAUUUAAAUGCAGAGAAAUAAUAAAUAUGAUUCCUGUAUUUACGCUCA